UGCAUAUAUAGCUACAUUCUCGCACAAAUUUUGGUCUGCUUUUAGCUUCAAUCUAUGGCGACUUUCGAUAUCAUACCUGCUACAGAGGAGUGGAAGCGUCUAGCAUGCGAAACGGGUGCACUGUUGAAGGACCCGCAGCCAAUUCACCAGGCAGGGAAGCCCGAUCUGUUGGUGUAUCCUUUGCCAGAGGCGGGGAGAGAACUGGCGAGGAAUUUCCAUUCGACUAUGGUUGAAAAUGUGAAAAAACUACUAGCAAGCAGAAAGAGAGCUUCACCGGCGCCUCCGAAAAAGGAGUCGGUAGUAAUCGAUAUUGGGCUGGAUGGAAUCUCAACCAGAACGCAUCAAUUCAUGAUGCUCGCUAUCCUUCCCAACGUCGAUGCAAGUCACAAUGUAAACCUCUGGAUCGGCCACAACAAGGCUAGAAUCAACGACUGUACGAAUGUCUCUCUGGCGCCGGGCGACCAUGUCAUUGUCUACGAGGACACAAAAGUUAUGGGUAAUCUUGGUUCUCGAUGCAUUAUAACACUAAUAGACACGCUGCCAAUGUGACAGAAAUAUAAAGAGCUCAGUGGCUGGAACUGAACGGCGUGUUGCAACCAGUUCUAAAGCAUCUAUAAAUGUUAGCUUAGUAGUUGAAUUCCAGCCCGCUCCAGCGCUGGCCAUCUAGCCCAAGAUCCUUCAAUUGUAGCGUAUCACCUUCAGAGAGGUAAUCGCCAAUAUACAUUGGCAAGGUCAUGGAAUUAGCUACUUCGACUCCGCUAUCAUUGACGAUUGCUGUUUCCGAGUCUUGGACACCAUCUCGCAUUGGUAAGCGCGGGGGACUCAACUCCGAAGCAAGAAAGUCGGCACGAGCGAGAUUUACAGGGCCUGAUAGCUCUGGCUGGCAUUGUGGAGUUUCCAACACGCUGCUGAGUUCUGUGUGCCUCAGUUUACUUGGCUGCUGAUCUCUGGGAACCGCUUGGGACAUGGAGUAGAUGUGAGCGGCGGUGCCUUCAUCAUUCACCACUACAGGAUCCCCUCUUGUCCAUCCUCCACUCUUAAGGGUCGCUAAUCUCUCAUGGAACACGUCCUCUCUCAGCUUUGUUCCCAGGGCUUUGUUGAUUGUCUUGAGACUUGAUUAUCGAUGAGUGCGAGUCAUAAAUGACAUGUCCCCAAACUCACCUGCAAUAGUUGCCGAAGAUGAUCUUCACGAGAUAUGGUAUCUCGAACGGGACCUUGGCUUGUAUCUCGUCGCGAGGAGGUCUUAGGUCGAAGACGAGACCUGAAAGAUCCACCCGAAAGCCUUGAACUACUUUUGGGGUCUGAUGGAUGGAUGGUAUAUCUUACCCUAUAACUCCCAAGCUCGGUGCCUUAGUGCUGUUUCACUCAUAUCAUGCGCCCAAGCGAUAAUCUUAAGCGCUGUAUGGCGGAGGUGUGAUAACCAAAUCUCGGACGCGUUCGACUGGCCCUGAAUUCGCUGCAGAUGAUCCAUCAGGCACUUGUCCACCUCUUUUUUGGAUACACCCAUCUCUAUUGCAAUGAUCGAAAGGCUAACAAAGAGGAGCGUGCCGAAGUUGAACAACUGCGUCGCGUGAAUUCUAUUCUCUCCUAGCGUGCUGACAAAACCACCGUAUCCUCGAAGGAUACUAAUUGUGCUUCUAUCAUGAGGCGUUUUGUCUCCGAGUGUCGUCUGGAGCUGGUCACAUACAUCGAAGCGCAUACAUGUGAGGCGACUUAUCGUUUCAAUCAGGCCACUCCAUGUAAAGGUUAGGGUUUGUUUUCGCCGCGUCGCCCAACCCUCUUCGUUUUGCCGUAGAACAUCCCAAAACAUGCUAGUCCACUUGUUCGCGCGAGCAGUAACUUUCUUUGGACGCUCUGAGGGGUCUUCGAUAACGAUUUGCAUAGGGGUCAAUUGCGGUUGCGUCGGCGAGAAGAUGGACGUGGGGACCUGCUCCAGGUGAUGAACUCGACGCCGCAGUUGAAACACUUCGUUCUCUAAAUAGGUGAUAUAUUCUUUAACUGUGCCUUUGAAAUUGUCUAAUCGCUUAUGCCUUUGGUUUGGCAUUAUGAAUCCUGCGAGAUUAAGAAUUUGUGAGGGUAAUAAUUAGGAAUGGUUGUAAGCAGCAAGUGAUUAACACAUUUCUGUAUUUAGCAAAUAAGUCUCGACUUAUUCUCCUUUGCGGUAAUAGCACAGAUCGGAAUCUUGGC